UCUGCUUCCGUAAACUUCAUCAGCGCUGCAGAGUAAAAGUAUGUUUUAUUCCAUGCAAACCUCUUCGUUAAUUGCAUGGUUGGAUUUGAAUGUUGCAAACCCAAGACAAUCCCAAAUUACGGUCUACAAAAGUAUGUACAUAUGUCCUCAGUUUAUCUAAAUGGAUGAAGUUUCUAUCUAAAUAUGUCGCAAACCGACGGAUCAAUGGACCAGCUGCAGCCAAGGUACAGGAGAAGGAAUGUCUGUACUGAUUGGAGACGAUUAUCUGAGUUGAGACAGAGCGAUUGUUAGAGGAAAAACCUCCAUCGACCAAAAUGUCUGACUUAACCAACAUAACGGAAGGCGGUAUCGAUAUCGAACAGAGAUUGAUAAAUGAACUGCCGAAGUCGACACUAUUUUGGUUUUUCACAUCGAUCGGAUUAGCACAGUUAUGGGUUAUCUACCUCACAUUUUACAAUUCUCGUGUGUUAGGACUCAUCGUCACCGCCAUAGCCAACAAGUUCCUCAAUUAUGGCCACAUCAAGUUUGGUUCAUUUUCUUUUUCCGUACUGUCGGGGAAGUUGAUGAUCCGUGACUUUCAUCUCAUCACGGAAGACUACUCCAUACGCGUCCAUUACGGCUUUAUCCUGUUUAAGUGGUGGAGGAAGUAUACACCUAAAGAGAUCAAUGAAGAUCUUUCUCAUCUUGAGACAAGGGUGGUGGUCUUUCUGGAUGGAUUUGAAUUCCAUGUCUACAAUCGGUCUGGAAAUUAUGCUAAUAUGGAGAAGCUGUUUCGUACAGGGACCUAUGAUAGCUCUCCGGGAACUGAAAGUGAGGACACGGAUGGAAACUUUGAUAAGAAAAAGGCUGCGGCAACAGUAUCCAAAACACACCAGUUUUGGCGAGACCUGAUCCCUGUUACCAAGAUAGAAAUCUCUUGUGGUCGUUGUGUGUUUGGUAACCAGCUGGUGCCCAACACCCUAAUAGUCCACUUUGAGGAAGGUCAGCUAGUGUACACUACCAAGCCUGCCUCCACGCAGUCGGACCAGUUCAUGCACUACCUGAUUGGGAAGGCAGAGAAUUUCAAAGUCAUGUUUGUGCCCAGUCCCAAGUACGCUGGACCUGUGGAUGAGCCACCUCGAUAUAUGGGAGAAGGGUUCAUUGUGCUACAGACUAGAGAAAUCAACAUACAUUAUUACCACGAUGAGCCAGGUAUUGUACCCUAUGAGCCGGAGAUAGUUGAGCUGGCCGAUGGGGAGACUGUCGUACGACGGACGUAUCCCUGUUUUGGUAUGGACAUCAAGUGUGGACGCAACACCGACCUAAGUUACGGACCCUGGGCCGACAGACAGAGAGAACACCUGUACAAGUUUUUUUACCCGGCUGACUACCAACCAAUGGUGCCAACACAAGAAGCCAAGCCAGGGGAGCGACGUCAGUUUAAGAGUUUUGAGUUUCGUAUGAGUAUGCUUGAAAAGGCCACCAUCGAUAUACUUUUCACCAAACAGUCAGAAACACAGGCCAUACACAUGAACACCAAUCCCGGGUCGUAUGUGGAGACCAACGUCCCGUGGGUGAUAGACGAAGAUGGCUACACAACAAAGACAAAAGGCCAACUGCUGCUUAUGGACGCCACAACCAGUCUCCAGUAUCGCUCACUAGUAGAAUGUGAAACAUUUGAGUUUGAAGUGACGGCGUCCUACCCUCUGGUCUGGAACGACCACCAGGACUGGCAGUGUGACUUCAUCGCCUGUAAAGCGUCCGUCUGGCUCAUAUUCCAACACAAACAUUUCUUUGUAGACUUGAUCGAGGACUGGUCCACGAAGACUGUUCCAGACAUUUACCACUUCGUGCCGUACACUUGGACCAUGAACCUGCUGAUCAAGGAUUUUGAGCUCAUCACUCUCGCUAACGAGUACAACUGGAUCGACACCUCAUCACAGAACCCAGAGAACGCGCACAUUGCAUUCUGCGGAGAUACCUUGGAUCUAUCUCUUGUACUACCCUACAAUGAUUACUUGCCACAGACGGUCCACAUUGAUUUCCUCAUCAAAGGUGAGAGUGCUUUCUGUCGGCUGUUUUUGCCAGAAAACAACACCAGUAGGCAUGUGGUGUGUGCCAUUGCGGAGAGUAUGAAGCUGAUGGACCGGGACGGUAACAUCAUGGAGAAUCCAUUUCAACAACCGGGGAAGAAACAGUGGAGGCGGUUCACUUCUACGUCAGAAGGGCAAGAUUGGAUAGAUUGUUGGUAUACCUCUAAUGUAGCCCUCAGUAUUGUCUACACAUACCACCCUAUGCCCCGUCUGGCCAAGGUUCAGUCCCCACUGGCCCCCGAGGGAACCAUCUCUACGCCUGAGCUAGAGGAAGCCUUGCUCAUACCACUCCGACCAAUCAGGGGAGAACAGGGGCGGAGCCAGCCCCCUCCCAACUUUGAUCCCGGAGAAAUGGUUGCAGAUUUGAUCGCCGUAGAGCUGGAGGUUGCCCCCUCCAUUUUGUGUCUGUAUGGUCCGCUGUUGAGAAACUUUAUACAUGUAAAGGAGAAUUACCUGGGCGAGGAUCAGGUGUUCACAGACUUCCACGACAAGGGAACUGCACGGAGUUCCGGAGACAACGCAGCCAUGGGUCCCUUAUCAGCAUCGGAGGGCGGAGAGGAUACUGAGCCAUUUGAUGCUAGGAAGUACCGACCUUUUUCUGUCACUGUGUCCGUAACUGUCCACGAUAUACAUGCACAUCUUGUCAAGAACUGCAGUAUUGAUGACCUGCCCUGUCCCAGUAUUAGUUUAGAGAGGCUGUGCUUCGAGUUGGACAAAAACUUCAAAGAGACGAAACUUCAGCUCCUUCUGUCUCCGGUCAUUCUGGUUGCCAAGGAUAUGCUAGAGCGAGACGAAGACGAGAGUCACCUUAAUGUGGGUCACUUGGGGUUAUCAGGGUUACAGGUCAGAGGUCAUGCUAUGUUCUCCCUGGAGGGUCUGCCAUUGGAUUCGGAAACACUGGAGUAUGGCUGGCUGGUGGAGGCUAUCAUUGGAGAUCUAACAGGCAAACUCACCUGUGCUCAGUUACAGAACAUCGUUGAGUUCCUGCAGACAUUCAUCACGCUGGUAGAAGACCCAGAGAACAGCCUGCAACACCCGCGCUCUUACCAGCUGUGUCAACAUAUGCUUCCCCAGCCUCAGUGUCGCAUGCUGUCCAAGUAUCGUUUCUACUGCCCGUCGUCGGAGGACAUCAAAUACAAGAUGACCAGGGUGUCCCUAGACUCGAUUAACUUCUUCCUUGUCGAGUCUGGCACUGCCUUCAAUGUACAGCUCUACCCCAUAAAGAUAUCCACCUGUAACCUCCACGGGACAAACACACGGGCAGGGAUCACUGGUAAGAUAGAACAUCUGUCCUUCAACCAGUACAUCUGUGCCUCGGCCCUCCAUCACAAAGACUGUAAACAGGACCACUCCAAUACCUGGCUCGAGUCUGGGGGUCUCACCAUGGGGCCAAUAGAUGCUGAAGCAGCCAUGGCACUCCCCAAUCCCGAUUUUCAUGAAAUCCAAAACAUGUUUCUGAAGUUACACGAUAAGAAAACUAAACGACUUUGGUUUCUUUGGCCAGUUGAGACGAUGAAGAUCAGCUCAGCUGUCAUCGGGAAGUGUGGCUGUCACGGAGGUUGUACAUUUUUUGGUAAUAAUAAAAACGGAAUUGGAUUUUUUAAUCCAAGACGGACUAAAGAUAAGCCGUUUGCUGCAGUGCUACAGGUAUCUCCUGAAGGUCAUGACCCGGGUUUUGGGCAAAGUUUAUUGUUCAGGGAUAAGUUAGUGUUCGAUGUGUCUCCCUCUAGUGGAGGUUUGUCACCUCACAAAGGUCGUGGAUUCGCAUUUACUCGAGGCUAUAUGAGUGAUAUGACAAGUCCAGAAUCGCCAGCCAUGCAUUUUAACAUUACUGAAGACAUUCUAGGGGGAACAAGUCAGUCGGGAUCAACAGUGACGGACAAACAGUGGACGACCAGCAGUGCUGGUCAGUCAGUGACCAGUACCCUAAAAAGUAAUGUGUCAACUCAGACAACGGCCAGUAGUACUAGUGGACACGAACUGACAACUCAGGCAGACUCGACUCAACCAAGCUCAGGGGACAGAGAACACUUUCAGUCAUAUGACUCUCUCAAUUUCAUGUCACGUAAAGGAAGCUUGGACGAUACCUCACUACGGAGUGCAAGGUUCAUGACACCACCCGAUGGACAGAGUAUAGAGUCUCACAGUCCAGGGAUACUGAGAAAGGGAAUGACACGUUCAAUCCCCAGUCCACAGUUACUAAGACAAAGCGGUGGCCCCAAGGGGUAUUCUUUAGCAUCGCUGGAAAGUGAGCACUACUUCUCUGCCGAGGAGGACGUUUCUACGCUUCGACCAAGUAGUGGACAUUUUUUCUCAUUGGAUGAUUCGUCUCAGCCAUUAUUGGACUCAGGUAUGAACAAAACUUUGACCCCUGAAGAAAAAGUAGAGGACCAGACUGUGAUAAGUGUAGAUAAUACUGUGAUAAAUAGACGCUCUAGUGAUGCGUCAACAAUAUCGUAUGAAUCCGCCCCGACGGAUCAAAGUGACACAGACACAAUAUCAGGACCAGAUAUCCCGGACAACGUGUCCCUUGUCGACCUUCAUAGCCAGGUCAAUAAGCCUAUCACCAAGUCUCCGGUGUUGUUAGCGUGUUACUCACGUCAUCUCACUCAGAUGCAGUGUCACGAUUGGUACCAGCCUCCGCCAAGCCAGGGUAGGGGUCACGGAGGACAGGCUGACCCGUCCCUGUACUCGCUGUCCUCGGCAGGACAGUCUGCCCAGUACGUUCACAGUCUGGCCUGUGUUCCUCACUUCAUCAAGUUGCGACAGGGUUUUAGUAUCUCUCAGAUGAGGACCCUGGAGCAGGAGGAUGUAACCAGGGGCACUACAUCAACAACGCCUAAGGAUGGAAAUACCACAGAGGAGGGUGGGUCAGCGAGGGGCAAGGACACUGUAGAAGACCUUGAGGAUAUUACAGAGCUGAGGAUGGAGAGUGCAUCCAUUACAACAGCUGUGGUCAAGAUUAAGGGUUCUAUGGAUGUUUUGGUUACGCCCUUAUUCCUUGAGUCAUUCCAAAGAUAUGUGGAAGCAGUGAUCCCAACUCUGAUGCUGCUCCAUCCAUCGUCGAUCAUCGACGGUUUACACACCCAGUGUCUAGAUCGUCUCAAGCGCCAGAAUCGACUUAAAAAGGGCGUGAGUAUGGGAGAAAUGGUUGCUGAGGGAGUCGACAACUCUGCUGGCACAGAAAGACAGUUCAGUACGGAAUCACGUCUCCGCACCGGGGAGAUGAAAACAUCAAGUAUACAGGCCCUCUUCACUCUCAAUAAGAUCAACAUCUGUCUGCUACAGGCCGGCAUUGUCGAGGAACUCAUAUCAUUCUCUGCCUUAGAGAAUAUCAAUGAAUUGACUUGUGUGUCGCUGUUAGCUGUGAGCAUUGGUGAUAUUCGGUGCCAGCUUUUGUCCAACAGUCACUCUUACCGUAAUCCACAAGAUCCCAGCCCUCUCAACGUAACACCGGUGGCCAGUAACUCCCCUAAGAAGAAAAGCAAGAACCACAAUUUUGCUCACAGUGAACAGGGUGAUCCCGAAAAUCAGGUGUCGGAGGUUUGUCGCGAGGAGGAUGUGGCGACUCUUCACAUCUCUCGUGUACAUCUCCAACUGCAGCGUCUUCUGAAGGAAAGCAAUUUCUCUAACGACAUCCUGCUAACCAUCAUCCCCGAAUACAAGUCUAAAGUUCAUUUUACCUUCGACAAGGAUUUUCCGUCAACUGGAGGUGCGUUCUCAUUCACCUCGUCUCCACGGCGACGGAGAGAUUCAUCUUCAGGACAUUCUCCCCGACCUCCAAUGAGUCGCCAGGCCAGUCGUGAUGUGGGAGGGAAGGGCGUCAGUCGACAGUCGAGUAGAGAUAGUGAUAGUCGGGGUUCAACACUGCCAAGGUUGUUCAGACAGGCCAGCAUUGACGAGUCGUCACAAGACACCACUUUCCAGCCCAAACUUUCACGAAGACAGUCUAGCAGAGAUGGGCAUAGUUCAUCUAAAUCUCAUGGAUUUGGUUUAAUCAUGUUUGAGUGUGGACUAGAAGAAGUCAAUGCCACAGCUGUGCGUAGGCUUGGUUUCAAGGACGUGGCCGAUUCAGAAUUUUUUCACAAGAUGGACAGGGUCUCUAAAAACCUUGAAGAAAUUCAAACUUCAACUCGAAUACAUCUUGAAACCGAGAUUGCACGCUCGCAACAACCGAUGAAAGAGGAGUCAAUACGAAUUAAGAUUGAUGAAACCAAAGAGGCAUCGUUACAUUCCUGGGAUUCGCGCGUCUCCAUUCCCUCCAGUGACUCGUCCAUUUCCCUGGAUGCUAAGGUGGAACCUCUAGAGGGGGACUCGUCUGGAGGGGUUCUACACCUGAGCACGAUCUGGUUCAACUUUGCUGCCCCUCCUCCUAUUUCUAUCAAGCGCAAGGUGGACUUCACAAGGAUGGACUGGAAUCUUCUGAGUAGUGCUACGCCAGCGAUCAAUGCUUGGCUGAACCCCCUGGACCGGUUAAUGGUCUCUGUGCGAUGUCUCAUCCUGGCCCUCACCCACAGACAGAGCUCUGUGAUGGCCUGUAUCAUGACUGACGCCCUGGAAGUGCCGGGAAUACAACUCCCUCACAAGAGUAAGUAUGGGAAGAUCACGUCUCUAUCAAAGACAUUCCAAGAGGACCCUUCCUGUCAGUUACUGACGUCCCUCAGGAAAUAUCUUCACAAAAAGGGCACUGUCCCGGUGGAGGCGGCCAUUACCGCAGACACCCUUCCUCAGCUCAUCACCAUCCAGAAAGGAAUCCUGGCUCUCACUCGACAGUGGAAGAAUGUGUUGUACAUGCCACAGUUAUCGCAGCUAGACUUCAAGUCACGUAAAAGUGUAAACCCGUACAGAGUUACAUUUGCCAUGCCGAUGGAAAGCAUGGAGAAUCUAACUGACGAUGAAGAGUUCAGCAACAUUGAAAAUUUUGAUGUUGUGGAUGAGCGUACAUCUUUGCUUCAAGCAGAAGGAGGUUCAGUUCACCAUUCCAUGUCUGUGCCGAGUUUGAGUGGACGUAGUGGACAUUUGUUUAAGUACGGUGUCGGCAGUGGAGGAAUCGGGCUUGGUCUUUCCGACAAAAAUAAUCCGGACACAGCAAGUAACAUGUCCGGUACAUCGUCCAAAUACAAACGUCUGGUCACACAGGGAAAGUCUGGAGCAGAUCAAGUGGAGUCUCCGGAGAGACGUGCACCAACACCCAAUCAGAAACCAGGACCUUUAGCCCCGCCUCCAAUCACAAGGAACGACAGUAACUACAGCUUCCAUUCAGCAGCCACUAGUCUACACAGUCUAGACCAGCAGGAAAUGACACCACCUCCGACUCCCGUCAAACCCGAGUUUAUGAAACAGUCGAUUUUGAAGCAUAAGGUGGACAAGUUUGGAGAUCUGUAUCUAUGGAUGGCACGCCAGCAAGAACAAUUCCAUGGUCAGAUAUUGGAGGACGAGCGGAGUUCUUACAAGAGACAGGAUUCCUUGCUAGGAGCGUUUGGAAGUGGAUGGAGUCAGGAUGAUAGCCGAAUGGAUUUGAACGAUGAACAACUCACCAUGGCCACCUCUAUUAUGCAGCUAGCAGAUGCCCAGAGCCUUUUCAAACCGUUCUUACAGAGCAUCGGUCUACAUGUCGAGGGUGUAAGGCCAUCCGCCAUGAUGAAGAAAUUCGGAGGUAGUCUGUCUCUGCAGGGUAAACUAGACUUUCUGAAAAUACAAAUAGCCGAGUCAGACAGGAAGAGUACAAAGGGGAAAGGAAAAAGCCGUAAACACCCUAAGUGGAAUAUCAGUUCCGACACGCCAGCUUUUCUAUGUGAGGACUUUUCCGCUAACAUAUCAAUGAAUGACGUUGUUGACUUUGAAUUGAAAGAAUCGGGUGAAACGGCAGACCGGUCCAAGGGUGCGUGUGGUAUGCCUCUUAAUUUUGCAAUGCAUAAAUUGGAGGCAAAGCCUACGACUCUGCAAGUGAAUUUUAUGAUGAACAUUCAGGCAGUUACUCAGUACGUUGAUAUGCCCCUGUUGAGACUUAUCCAUCAGUUUGUGACAAUGGCGGAGAAUGUGAACGACACUCGGCACGAGCUGAAGCAGAGUCAUUCAGACCUGGAGUGGAUCAAAACUCAUCGGAAACAGGACUCGAAGGACUCCACAUCCAGUGCAGACACACAGCAGUCCGAUGCCUCACAUCAGAGUGGUGGUUUGUCCCCCCCUUCUGGAGAGAUGCCACGUACCCCAAGCUGGAAGAGCGGACAUGAACACGAAGUACCACAUCAUCAUCACCAUCAUCAUGGUAUGACGCCACAGUACCCUCACCAGAAAUCUGGCUCGCUGUUGCCCAAGUCGUUUAAACUGCCGUUUGAUUAUAAACGACCUGACAAAUUACCGAUGAAGCGUCCGCCACUGUUAACAAAAGGACUUGGAACAAUUCCAAGAGGUGGGGCUAAAUCUAGUGACAUCACCACUCCUCCCCAGUCCCUCAACCUGUCCGACUCAGUCACCAUCGAAUUAGAUGACACAUCUUCCCCGACCCUAGCGGAGAAAACAAUUGUGGAUGAAAUCAAAGAAAGCACCCCAAAAUGUUGGAGAACUUUAUACCAUCUUCUUGAACUUUACUCCACCAUGCCAGAGACGAAAACUGUCGGACGCAAGCCAUCAUUCAAACUUCCAGUCAUUGAAGAGGAACCCGGAGAGGGCCGACAUGACCAACCUGUGACCUCUGGGUCACAGCGCCAGCCCAAGAAACCGACACGGACCUCUGGUCAAAAAGUGGUGGAUGCUGAGGAGGGAAACCUAGGGAAGAAGAAUAUUGCUUAUUCAUCAUUCAAGAGUACUAGCUUCAGACAGAGUGUCUAUGUGGGUGAGAGUAUCCCCCUGGUAGUGUUUGGUAUCGCCAAGGUGGAAAAGGUCAAAAUCAUGGCCGUGCUCAGUGGACUGAAGCUGGAGUCCGAACUCAAGAAUGUGCAUGCUAGCGGAACCUACAGGGAAAAGGUCAAAGGAUUCCUACACAGAAAAUCAUCUGAGUCGUCUGUGACGGCACACAUCGGGCACACAAUGAUGAAACUAGUUGAAGGCUUACCUCCUGAGAUCAAGACGGUUGUGACAGUUAAGAUUGACAAGUCACAGGCACUAUAUACCACCAUUAUGAGGCGAGGUAAGGACCAUAACUCUGCCAUGGUGUCUGUCGGAGUGAUUGACGUCAACAUUCCGCAGCAUCCUAUUGUACUUCAUGACAUGAUGACGAGGAGCUCACGUCAGAUCACCUCAACCCUACAGGAGUUCAGGAGGCCCUUCAACAGAACAAGUCGAACCCUGGAAACCCACCCAGAGUUAGAUAGUGCCGAAACUGGAAAAGGGGAGACAACUCCCCAACAAGCUCAGAAGACGGUCAAGAGGAAGGAGAAAGCUCAGAGGAAGCCUAGCUUCUUACACCUCCACUUCAAGGCUGUGUUACAGGGGCUUGUCACGGGGGCCUCCCUCCUGCCCUCCCUCAAAGCUCAGCACAAGACGGGGGCUAUAACACUGACAGGCAUGACAGGAAAGAAGGCGAGAUUUACUGUAGACCUACAGAAACACUCCCUCAGCUUCAAGUCAAAGGUGGUUACCACGGAGACAUCAAUCCCCUCCCAGGCCAGUAUAGAUCUGCCUCCCAUCCACAUGUUUGCGGACUACCGCCUCUCCUCUGCCUCCUCUAGCGAUGGCCCGAUGGCCGCGGAGAGUCUGACGGGGCAGGGGCUGAUGCUUAAGGAGGGAAGUUACCUGAACGCUGUCGCAGAAGUGGGCAUGUUUGAACACAGCCUCACAACAGACCUCCUCAACCAUCUUGUCUUCGUUCAGAAAGUGUUUAUGAAAGAGGUGAAUGAGUUGGUUCAGAAGGUAUCCGGGUCAGACCAGCCAGUACCCCUGUGGACGGGGGAAGAAACCGCGCCAAAGGAACCCGAACAAUCACUGCUCUACUCUCUGCUCUUUAGGUUCAAGGGUAUCCAGAUCACAGCUACAACUCCUACCUCAAGUGCUGUACAGCUGGAAACCGGAGCUGUGGAUCUGGAAAUCUCAAACCGAGUACAAAGGGUGUCAUGUGACACAAAAACAGAGCAAUCAGGUCACCCGGAUAUUCAGAAAGUCUUCCUGCGUGCUCAGAUAGAUCUCAACUUAGCUUUAGGACAACUGUUAAAGAAUCCACUGUUUGAGGAAGCUGAAGCAGAGUUCCAGACAAUGGCUUUCUUUAAGACAAAGAUUGGUAUACGUAAUGCUCUACAGGAUGAGAUGAUAACAGGUGCUUCUAGGGACCAAGAAGCACUGCUUAUUACCGUAACUCGACCAAUAGUCCUGGCCCACCCACUGGCCUUCGACAAAGCCGUUCUGGUUUGGCUCAACUACAAGAAUGCAUACGAGUACUGGACUGAGCAGAGGAUGGCACUCAACACAGAGGUGCAAAAAGCCACAAGACAAGUAAUGGAUAGAUUGCCACAAUUUUCCUCGGCCAGCCCUGCUGCCUUCAGCACACUCUUCCUACAGUUGACUGUGACAGACAUCGGUAUCUGUGUACCUGUGGCACCUAUGGCACAUCAGCCUAACCCACACCAAGGUCGGUUCCUGGACUGUGAGCCUGGUGCCGCCUUAGUCCUCACUAUCAAAAGUACACAGAUUUCUGCCUGCUCCUCUGGCUCCCUCGUCAGCAAGGGGAAGUUCCAAGAUUUUUGCCUGCGGUUCGCGGCAGAUUUUGAAACAUCUUGGGACGACUGGAAACCAAGCAAUCCCAACGAUUCCGUAAUGAAUGCAUGUGUAGUUCCGGAAGGUACUUAUGAGGUCUGUUCUCGUACCAUCAACAAACUGAUGUCAGAGCCAAGCAGUAAUGCAAAGUGGAUUCUAAAUGUGCGAUGGGAGAUGCAGGGAAUAGACGUCCACAUUGACACAAACAUUGGCAAACGACUUUCCGCCCUAGGCAACACACUGACCACCUUGGCAGGAGACCCAGAUGAAGAAUUCUCUGAGGACAGUUUCCAAGAUGGAGGGAUUGACUCAAUUUUCUCGCCUUCAAACGAUCCGGAGAUUGAGAUUACCCGUCGACCUAGUACUAUUAUGGACACCCUACCAGAGUUUGUGUAUGAUACGUCACUUGAUCCAAAACUCCGCUUCAGGCUGAUUGAAACAGAGAUGAACGAACAGGCGAAAAUAGUACAGGAUCUCAAACAACUUGGUGCCAGUUUGGCCACCGUGGAAAUAGAGUCCAAAAAACUGGAAGAACUCAAGGGUAUUGUGUUCCAAGACUUCAGACGAGAGGUUCUCAACAAACUAAAGAAACAGAGUGAGAGUCGGACCUCUGCUUUGAAAGACCAGCUGGGUAUAGGAAACAGAGCCUCUCAUUAUAGGUCCAAAUCUUACGGAGGUCCUGUGGGGCGUGACAGAAAAGGACAUUUAGACCUGGAGAAGCUAGCCUCCUACAACCAAGAUUUGGCAUACAAUCGUGGUGGGUCUGUGGACUGGAGUCGGACCCUCCCUGCUACCAAAGUACAGUUCGGAGGAGCGGACACCUGUACAUAUUCCCUCCCAGAGACUCCGGAGUCCCUUUCAUCUGUGGAGUCGUCUCCCCUGUAUAGAGGAUACCUGAAGAGUAGCCCCACUCACCCUACUAAGAAGAUUUGGAUGUCUCGGGGUAGCUCCUCUGGCUCAGACUCCAGCGACUCACUCUCCGACCCCACAGAUUACUCCUCAAAAACCACUCCAAAUAGAGACUCGGGAUCUGUUUUCGUCGACUCUGAACAACCAGGGACAUCUGUGGCAGAUGACUCGGUAACCUUCAAGUCGGAUACAUCAAACCCGAGUAUGGGAAGUUCGGGGUCGAAGCCCUCUGCCUCGGCAGAACCCAGCAUCGACUUUGAGCUGGAUAUCAAAGUCUUCAUAGACAGUGGGAAGUGUGUUCUAUAUCCCAAGUACUCCAAAGAGGAUGAACUGAAAAAGCAACUGAAGAGAGAGAAGACCCCCACACCAGAAACCCCUUCCUCCCCAAACAGUAAGAGGCGUGGGAAACGUAAUGAAACCCCGCCCCCACCAUCGAUAGGGAAGAAGACUGACAAGGAACUGAAACAGAAUCAAAUAGAAAACACUGUUUUCUUUGUGCCAAGUGUGGAUGUCAAGGUGCAUUACAACUCCAAGACCAGCGGUGGUAUGUCGGACAGUAUGUUUGACUCGGCUCGCGGAACACCAGGGUCACAGGGUCAACAAGGGUCACAGGGGUCACAGGGGUUACAACCUCAGGCCACUCCUAUGGAAGAUUCCCCAGGGGAGGAUAUCCACGUAGUGAUGAUGAGAAAAGGUCCCCAUGGCCCGUACCCGAAACUUGUCAGUACGGACAGUGUGGAGAGUAAGGAGAGUUACACGUCGGGAUACAGCGGAAAGAGGGCCAACUUCAAACGUGCUAACUUGUACGCUUGGAUUUCAUUGUCAUCCUUACCAGAGGAAAUGGUUAUAAGCCCGUGUCUGCUGGACUUCCUGGAACAGGCACUGGAACCUUUACCUAUCGGAAACAACACCACACCCUCCCAACCCAGCAAGAAAACGGAAAUCAUUGAGAAUAUGCUGAACAUUGACCUGGACGGAUCGUACAACUCCCUGUACGCCACCGCUAGUCACUACUCCUUCCCUGUCGACGUCAUCGUCUUCAUCCGCGUGGAUCCCUCCAUCAUUCGCUUCAACUGCCUCCCCGUGUCACGAGUGGAAUGUCUGCUACAGGUACCAUCCCUGGAGCUUGUCUUCUCAAGCAAGGGAUCUGACACAGAGGUCAUUCACCCUGAAGCGCCUAAGAAGCUGAAUCGUGAGCGGAACCUGAGUGGAGGUAAAGGAGGGCCAGAAACUCGCCCCAGGACAGCUAGUACUGCGUCCAGUGCCGACCCAUCCACAAUGACGGGGGGACUUAACAUCAGCUUGGGUCUGUCCGAUUUCUCCCUGUAUAUAUUUCACCCUUACGGCGGUAUGCAGAGGAAGAUGGCCUCGCCAGUGUACAGUACAAGCCGUCACUCUCAGCUAGGAAGUAUCCAGGAACAUGGUACUUUGUUGUCUGAGAUGGCCCGGAGAGACAUGCUAAACCUGGAUGUAGAGUUCAUCAAGAUCAACAUCUCCCGUAACAGGAAGAUGGAAGUUCGUCUUCCGGACAAAGAUCUUAAAGAUCCUCAGUCCAAGUCCAAUGUGGUCAGGUUCUCAGGCAUCAUAGAUAUUGGUACGGCAGCAUUCAAGUAUGACAUGAGACGGCUCUCAGAAAUCCUUAGUUUCCCUAAAGCAUGGUACCGUCGUAAUCUGGCACGACGACUGUUUCUGGGUGACGACAGCUACGUCCAGGCUGCAGAGGAAGACUGGGAAAGCUCUUCCAAUGCUAGCUCUCUAGGGGACUCGCUGCCCCGCAGCCCCGUGGCGAAGCUGUUUACAUCCUCACCCUCGCUUCACCUUGGAGGGGCCGAGCCGCGGGUCCGAACCCACCAUCGGCGAGGCUCCUCAGGAGACAAGCUCAAAAUACAGAUUAGCACGGAACUCCAGAAUGAGAUUGCCCGCAAAUCAGGCCGUAGAGCAUCUGUCUCUGCCCCACAAUCGCCCUCUGACCUAAUGACUGGUCUGGAGAUACCGCCCACCCCGAUUUCUCGCCCCACGGUCAAGUCGAGAUCAAGCAUUUCUUCAGAUACGCCACGGUCUCGACGUCACGCCUCGGGUCAGGUGCCAGCCAAGCCACAGAGCUCCUGGGAAACCCUCGUGCUGUUUGCUGUGAACCUGUCUAGACUUGAUCUAAACGUCAACAUGAGUAAUGUAAUGGGCAACACCAUCUGGACCACCCAGAAGAUAAAGACUGAUGGACGUCUGUCCAUCGACAGUAGCGGCCAUCGUGACCUCAAGAUCUGUUCCGGGAUGGACAGUUCUCACUUUGACUCCCGAGGCGGUGUGGUCGGUGGCACUGUUGAACUCAACAACCUCAAUGUAUUCUUUGAAGUGAAUGAGGACCCCGAGCUAGGAAAGGAGCCGAACCACAAGGCAGGCCUGGGGCUGGAGGCUACAGAGAUUAGGCUGGAUUACAUGGGUACUAGUGUACUGAUGGCGAGACUUAGCUCCCUCGAUACUACCCUCAAGGACGAGUGGCACGUUGACACCGACACUGAGUUGGAUACACCACUGGCCACCAAACGCCCUGCGUUCCUGUUUGCCCACGGCGACUUGCGCUGGGACCAGUUCCACCUGAUGCUGUCUCGCUCAACCACGCCGGACAUCAUCAAGAUGAUCGCCAAGAUUGAAGAGUUCGUCACCAUGCAGUUCACCAGCAGUAAGAGGGUGCUGUCUGCCUUCGGACCGAUCCCAGGCGGCAGCAAGACGCGAAUCAGUGAGAGGCGAAAGUUGAUGGAGGAACAGGAGAGUUGGGACAUCCGUCACCACCGCCACUGGCAGAAGGCCUUGGAGCUUGUGUCAGGUUGUCGCUUCAGUAUGCUUCCUACCAUCAUCCCAAAGGAAGGCACGAUCCUCGGAGGAAACAUGGAGCUCCGCGGGAACAACCUCUCGCUAGCCUGCUUUCAUGGAAUCAAUUUCAAGUCCAAAUCCUGGGCCAUUUUCACGGUGGAUGAGCCGUACAUUUUCUUUGCGACUGAGGCUCAAAAAACACUGGAACAAGCCGUCCACGUGGUGGAAGAUCUGACGUUUUACAUUGGACAUGAGCUGACUGCCCACACCCGCAGUAAGAACAUGGCCACCAUCUGUAAGCUGAGCCGCGGCCACUCCAUGCCACCGACCUUCACCAGUGUCCAGCAGUGGUUCCACUAUGCCUUUGCCACAUCUGAGGUCAAAGGGCUGGACACCUUUCCGGAGAUGUCGAGUGAGAGUGGGGAUCCCCAGGCAGACCCUUACAAGUCUGCACGGAGCAGGAAGGCCCAGGAGUAUAACCAUGACACAGAGAUCAUCUUCGCUUUCCCAUCCCUCCAGAUGCACCUCAAAACAAUCCAUGAACAGGCAGAAACGGAGCCCCUUCCAGAAGAUCCUAAACCUCAAGUGGAUUGUAGUUUUGUCACUGAGUUCGAGGACCACAUCUUUGUUGCCAUGGAUGCAGAGGUCAUCCUCUUCCUGCACGACCUUGUGUCAAUGUACAUCAAAGAGAAGGACAAAGGUGCAUAUGGCUCAGGUUCAAAGUCUGCCAAAUCUCCCGAGUCUGAGAAGAAAAGGAUAACCCAUCCCACAACAGCCCUGAAACAGGACUGGCGUGAGUUUGAGUGCAAUACCUGGCACGUCGAACCCACUGUCAGGUUACUACACUGGGCCAGUAAGCAGAUUGACCCUGUCGGAGUUGACUAUGUACUACAGAAACUUGGCUUCACUCAUGCCAGGGUCACCAUUCCGAAGUGGAUGCAGCGUGGUCUCCUCGACCCCAUGGACAAACUCACUUCAUUGCUCAUCCAGAACCUCAUCAUCGUCCUCAAGGAAAAACCAAAGGAGGAUGAGGAGGAAGAUUGAAAAUGACAGAACUGAAUUACAAAUGUUAUGAAAUGUAUACUCACUACUUGUAUUACAAGGAAGAAACAUGGAGGAAGACAGGAGGAUGUCAAUAAGGAGACAUCCAAAUGUUAAAGUGCAGUGGUUCACCUUAUUUCCUUGACACACGAAUAAAUAGUGACAUGACCAUAAACACUUGGGUCUUGUACAACAAAUAGUCAUCAUACCAGAGGAUGAUCUUUUGAAGGGUGAUGGUGUUGACUCCAUUUUAGAUAUAUAAACUAUUAAACUUGUAUUCAGGGACCACCCUUGAAAAGACAAAAAGUGGCCUCCUAAUACAGGUUGUCUAUCUUAGUAGGCAGUCACUUUAUACAUAUGCAGUUAAUAUGAAACUAGCUGCAUUGGGAAAUAUUUCAAAGUGGCCUCUUCACACAGGUGGUCCCUUUAUAGAGGUGGCCUUUCAAAGCAGGUUUGGCUGCACUACUUUGUGUUACUGUGUAUAUGUACUCCUAAUGAGCUUGUGUCGCACUACACCAUCCACAUCCAACUCUGUGAUACCACAACACAGGCUUUUUCCAAAUGUGAUGACAGGUUUGCUAGAUUCCUUCCUGGCUGUGUUUUAUGUAAGCAGAGGGUCAUUACACAAAUCUAUCAAGGCUGUGUUUGUGCUGCACACUCUCUCCCAGAAAUAAAAUUCUGAAAGUUUUUUAUCAAAAAUUUUGGGGAAGGUUGUUUGUUCCUUCAAAGCUGUUUUGUCGAUAUUUGUACAAAACGUAUUAAUAUAAAUCUAGUGAGAUCAAAGAUGGUUGAAUAACUAUAUAAUACCAUGACUUUAUUAAAAAAAAAUACUCAUGACCUCAACCCAUAAUGAGCUGAUACAUGUAAGGCAGACAUUUUGAGAACAGUUGCUGUCUUUUUAUUGGACAGCAUUAGACAUGGUUUAAAUGUUGCUAGUUUUUUAAUCUAUAUAAUAUAUAUCAAAGCCUUUUUGGUUUACUUAAAAGCGUAUUCAGUAUUUAAAGAUUUGAUAUGAUAAAAUUGGUUUAGUGACAGCCUUGCAAGCCAGUAACUAGAUUUAUCAAACUUCCUUUCACUAAUGACACAUCAAAGACAUAUGCUACUUUCCUGUGAUUUGCAUGAGAGUAAGCUCCCUUCAUAGAUUUUUAAUUAUUCAAAAAUUAUUUAAUCAUUGUAAUACAUAUAAUUUUGUAAUAUUUUUCUCAAAUAUUUGCUAUUAAGUAAUAAUUUAAGGCAAAAUUCCAUGCAUUAAAGACAUUUUACAGGGUUUUUUUACCAAAAAAAUAUGGCACUCAUUUGAAUUGAAGAUUUUAGUCGAAACUACUCUUUUUUUUCUGUUGGACUUAAUUGCAAAAUUAUAUUUGGCAUAAUGUUUUCACUUGAUGGUGGUUAUUGGAAAUCUAAGGGCGCGAGGAAUGAACUUUGGACUAAAAUAAAAAAGAAAUUAGAAAGUUAAAAAGUUGGAUUUUCACCAAAUUUAUGUUUGAUAAAUUUGAAUCCAUUAUUGAUAAGUUUACAGCGAUUUCAUUUAUAGCCAAAUGUCAUUAAUGAAGACUCACUUAUAUAUACUCAGUUGGUAGACUCGACCGAUUUUGUUGACAUUUUGCUGAUGAAUAAAUAUGAAAAAUGAAGUUUCAAAAAUAAAUUUAGUAGUCAAGGCAAGUUCAUCAUUAUAAUGAUGUUUUACUGAAUCUGAUUUUAGAUUAUCUGAGAAAAAAAGAAAAUUUUGGCGAAAGAUGUAGGUAUGUACCUCUUCUCUUGAGAAAAUAAAGAUUCUCAUGUUUCAGAUAAAAGUCAAAGAACUUUUGGAAACAUAACAAAUUCGAAGGAAUAUCUUUAAAAAGAGGAAGAACCACAUAUUAUUUCAAAAUAAAGAAAAUUUUGUCACAUUUUUCUGAAAAAGGGUGCUCUGAAGCCGAUAUCCAUGAUGUUAAUGUGUUCAGAUAAAUGAUAUUCACUGUAUGAUUCAUAUAGUUUUGUUGUUGUACAUAGUUAACUAAUCCCAAUUCCUGUCAUGGGAAAUGUUAAUAAUUAGCAGUUUAACUUUUGUUAUUUAUUUAGAGGCGAACAUUUUCUUACAUGACCAAAGUUAUAUUUGAAUGACCUUCAAUUGUUUUAUUCUGGGUCUAAAACAGGAUGUACUGGUCAUGUUUUCAGGACAUUGCUAAUCUAGUGUGUGAUUUGGGUUGUCUAAAUAAAAUUGACAAGAACAUAAUGUUAAUUGUGUUGUUUCCCAGGUUAGAGAAAUUUGUAGCCAAUCUGGAAAUCAAACAUGGUCAUUUAUGGUGGAAGUGUUAUGUUGGAGUAUAAAGUUGAUGUUCGUUGAUCCAGCUACCAACACUAAUCUAGUAUUGUGACCACUUUUGUUUGGAACAAAGUUUUCUGGAUAUCAAAGCUUCUGUGUAUUUCGAGGCAUCAGGUCAUAUUGCCCCAAAUCCCAUUUGAGGGUGAUCCAGGUCAUUUUGCCUUAGAUAGUUUUGCUCUCAAAUUAUUUCUAGGACAAAACAUUUUUCUAGCCUGUUUAGUAGUGAGUAGCUUAUGCAUCCUUUCUUCCUUGGUCUUCUUUGUACCAUAAGGAUUCAUGUUAUGUCUUUGUUUACAUUACUAACUUUCAACAUUCAAAAUGUUAUUUAUAUCUUUAAAAAAAACUCCUUAAAAGUCCCUGGGCAAACAAGAUUUAGGGUCAUACAACCCAUGCAUAUUGCAAGGGAAUUUAAAGUGAAACAUUCUGGAGUUAUGUUUUUACAGUCGAUUGUUUUGCGAAAAAAUUUCAGGCUGAUGCAGUCACAUUUUUUCUUCAACAGUUUUAUAUUUAGACGUGAACAUGGUUGAUCAAAUCUCCACAUAGCAUAUCCAAAGUUCUUCUAGUAAAAUGCUUCUUUGUUAAACACAAAAACAGUAUCAUAAGACUUAAAUCGUUUGAUACAUGAUAUAACUUUUAAAAAAUCCUUAAAAAUCCCUUAGGGUGAAACAACUGAUAUUGUGGAGGUAUUUAUAGCGAAACAACUUAAACCUGGAUUUGUGUUUCGAUGUUGUUCCCAUAUUAAUUCUGUACAUUUUGUAUCUAUUUGUGUAUAAUACAAUUAUCUGAUAUGGAGUAUUGUGUAUGAUGGUAUAUACUUGUACAUAUUGAGAUAACCAACAGUUGGUGUAUUGUUGAAUUGUUGUACAGUGUACAUAUAUUUUGGUGUUCCUUUGUAUGGAACAGAGACUGAAAAUAUUCUGUGACAGUCAUGUGAUAGUCAUGUGACAGUCAUGUGACAAUCAAGUGACAUUCAUGUGAUAGUGAACUGUCGACUGUAAGAUUAUCACCAACUUGUACAUGUGAUUAAAUACUUACUGCACUUAUGAAAGUUGACUCGUAGCACAGUUAAAAAAGAAAUCUUUAAAACUUAUGUAUACAUAUACUGCCCAUGUAAUGAUCUCACUGGAAAACUUCCCCAUACAAGUAGUUUUCAACCAACAGCUCUAUUUUUUAUUUGAAAUAUCUAUUCUCAUGUUGUCUUUCCACUAUUUUUGGUUAACUUUUAGAUUGUCAUAGAUACCUACUGUAACGAUUCCACUAUCCUUCCAUGUCCCUUAAGCUUUGUAUUGGCCUCAUCAGGGUAAUGAAAAUACUCUACAUGAUAUAUCAUGUGAAUUCGCUUUUUGCUUUAAUCGCAAAUUCACGAAUAACACAAAUAUUUAUACAUAAAGAAUGUAUGAAUUGAAUGAAAUACAAAUUUAUAACCCCCAAAAGUAAAACAGAAAAGUGUGUUUGUGAAAUUAAAUGUGCAUAAAACAAUAAAUAUUGUAUUCUAAUUUUUGUGUGUGAAUCAUGCUAUAUUGAAAUGCAAUUACAUUGAAUUGUUUGCAUUGUAUAUUGGUUUUUGUAGAUGAAUCUUGGUAUUAUACAUGUUCCCAAUGGCAUAAUGACAAUUUUUACCUUUAAGUAUUGCAGUUUGUUUCAUGUUUUGAGCAUAUAUAGUUAAAAUUGUGUAAUAUAUUCUGGCACAUUCAUGUAAUUAACAUAUAUUGAAUAUUCGUGACUGAUUAAUCAGUCUUUUUGUGUGAUAUCUGGCAUUUCACUGCAUCACAUCAUAUUUAAAUUAUUUAUGUCUUACUACGAUAUAUAUUCAUACUUGCUUGAACCUCAGUGCAUGUAUGUACAUAUUCAAAAUAUGAUAUAUUCAAAAUAUGAUAAUUCUGAAUACAUAUCCAUGAAAUCAUAAUUCUUUAUAAAUUCAUAUUCAUGAUAAUAUAAUUCUUGAUAAAUACAUAUUCAUGAUACAUGUAUAACAAUUUUUAAUACAUAUUCGUGAUAUGAUAAUUCUUAAAUAUAUACAUAUUCAUGAUGUGAUAAUUCUUAAUACAUACAUAUUCAUAAUUUGUAAUACAUAUUCACAGAAUUCUUAAUACAUGCAUAUGCAUGAGAAUUCUUCAUUUUUGAGCCACAUCUCAUUAUGUGGAAUCGGGUCAUGUUGAAUAUUCAUUCUCAAACAUCUUCAGUCAAAAUUCUAUUGUUUGCAUCACAGCAUUUGGAUUAUUCUUAGAGUGAGAGAGAGAAAUAGUGUUACCUGUAGGUAUAUAUAUCGGCCUAGUAGCGAGAGUAGCCGACUUGAUAAUACUUGUUGAUAUUGGGAGGACUAUUAUUAUACAAGGUUCUCUGUGUAUGUUGGAAUGGACAUUGAAUGGGAUGGGGUCGGGGGUGGGGGGAAUCUGUGUGGACAUUGAAACCAUGAGCGUGGAGUCAGUAUUGGGUGUUGAAACUGUGGUAGUUGAAACAGUGCUGGGGUUGAAACUGUGAGUGUAGAACCAGUAUUAUGAAUCAGUGUUUGUGAGUGUUGGAAUGAUUCAAUUGAAUAAGUUUAAAGACGGGUUUCAAUUGAUUCUACCAUAUUUUGAAUCAGUAAUAUCAUGUUUCUUUUGUUGUAAUGAAAUAACAAUGGCU